UCCUCGAGUGUCCCGGAGUCGCCAUGCGGCAAUCGUCACGGGUCCGCUAACCGUCGGACGCUUACGCCGCCCGAUCGACAGACCAUCAAUCGACAUUCGACACUAUAUCGUAAUCAUAUUGCAUGAAACGACGAUAAAAGAUUAUACACCAUUAAUCAUAUUAUAAUAUUAUAUAGCUCAUUAAAAAGCUCUACAUUCGUGUCGAAUUAUUAUCGUAUGAGUUUGUGAUUAAUUUUUUAUUUUUUUUUAGUGAAUUAUUUUUAUUUUAUUUUAUUUUUUUUUUUGUGAUUUCUUUCUUCUCAUAUUAUUAUUUUUGUGUUUUUCUUCUACUCGGAAUAAUGUCGUUGUGAAUCACGUUCACGCGUCUGCACGGAACGCUAUUUAUUUACUGGCCGUUGUAAUUUUUAUGGAAGUCAACGAAAGCGCCGAAGUUCGGUCUACCGGCACGCCACCGACCAACGGUGGUAACGGCGGAGGCAACUGUUGCGGCACAUCCCCUGCGGUCGGGGCACCGGCGGAACAUUCUUCCGGUACGAAGAUCCUGAGCAAGAAUUCAAACGGCACAAUGAUCAUGACAUCCAGUCCGAAUAACGAAGCUGAAUUACAAUUGUACAGGGUAAUGCAGAGAGCUAGUCUUUUAGCAUAUUACGAUACACUACUCGAAAUGGGAGGCGAUGACUUGCAACAGCUUUGUGACGCCGGUGAAGAAGAAUUUCUUGAGAUAAUGGCUCUGGUUGGUAUGGCGUCAAAGCCACUGCACGUUAGACGAUUGCAAAAAGCUUUGCACGAAUGGGUCAGCAACCCAACCAUGUUUCAAACACCACUGACGUCUCCUGUCGCUGGUGGUGGUCCUAGUGCGAUGGUUCUACCACCGAACCCAGUCCGGCCGUUUCUCAACGUUUGCCCAAACCCACUGAUCCAGACAUCCAUACAUCACGGUUACUAUACACCACUGGGAUACGGUUACCAGCCGCCCACGUCACCAUCGCCCGUGCCCAGCUCAACCAACCAACUACCACAGGUUCCGCAAACGAGUGAAGCGACAACUUCGGCUGGUCAACACUAUGGAGAUAGUAAUAGUCCUGGUCAAAGUCCAGGUUCGCCGUUACAGUUGUCCCCGUUACUGGACGAAUCACAAAUCGCCCGGUUGGCUACGUCAGCAAAGCAACUAGUGCAAAGGCUACCGCAGUAUCAACCCAAGGCACAAACAGCGAAACGGAAGGCAAACAAAGAACUAGAAUGCGUUAUGAACAUGCCAGAAGAAGAUCCAAGGCGCAUAGAAUCCAUUAGGAAAUAUUCAGCUAUUUAUGGGCGAUUUGAUUGUAAACGGAAACCAGAAAAACCUUUAACAUUGCACGAGGUGUCCGUAAACGAGGCUGCCGCACAGAUAUGCAAAUUAGUGCCUGUUCUAUUAACUAGGCGAGACGAACUGUUCCCUUUAGCCCGACAAGUGGUCCGUGAUUCGGGGUAUCAUUACUCUAAAGGACAUUCUAAGUCAAGUAUGCAGAGUUUCAGAGGAUUGACUUCGAACGGCGACUGUAGUUACGGGUCGAAGAGGCCCCGUCUAGACGAUCACGACGAGCUAUUCAAAAUCCGCCGACAGGAACGUUUAGAACAAAUCGCUGACGAACUAAAGGCAGUCAACGAUCGCCGAGAAGAGUUAGACCAAAGUACCAAAGAUGACCCGGCGGUCCAACAACAGUUAGAAACCCUGAAAAAUCGUCAAUCGCAGCUGUUAGUGGAACAGAACGACCUGCGACAAAACAAGUCGAUGAUGCGAAGGGACAGGAACGGUGGAAGGACGUCGUCAUCUGCCGGUUUCGACACUGACGACACCGACUCUCAAAUGUCGUACAGCAAUACUAGUUCUCCUUUACAGGACAUUAGUGACUCGAGGGAUUCAAUGAUUCGCUGUAGCGUCGACUACCACCACGACGGAAAAUCAUCACAGAAUACCGGUAAUCAGAGUAACUUGUCUCGCGGCGAUACAGAUGAUACGGAUGAAGACGACGGAGAACUUCGUCACCGUCGCCGCCGUCACAGUCACAGUCACAGCCCCUCCGCCCACAUAAACGGUAACAGACAUCUAGUUGAUCGAUUUUUCAACGAUAAAGUCCAGAUAAUAUCGUCGAGCGGCGGCAAUAUAAUCGCCGUCACCAAUCCGGCGCUGUUGAUGUCCGCCGCCGCGACCACGACGACGACGCCGCCACUGUCAUUGAAAAUCGAACCAGUUUCACCGACACGAGACGAUGACUGAUGGAAGAAAUGCAGAGGCGCAGAGGCAGACGUCCCGUGAGCCCGUGGAGAUCUCCGACUUUCUUCGUUGUUUUUAUUAGUUAUUAUUAUUUAUUAUCGUUUUCUGUUGGUCGUAUUUACUAUUUAUUUUUCCCAGUUAUUUAAUCAUGUUAAUAAUAUUAUAUAACACCGCGUACCCAUAGUGUGAGAAUAAGCUUAAAAUACGACCAUGUUCCUAUACACGACUGUAUAUCUAUUCUUAUAUAUACGAAUGUUGUAAUAUUAUAUAUACAAUUAUACAAGCACCGUCAUUCAUCGGUCGUUGGAUCGAAACUUUUGAGAUUAUCACGACUUACGAGCCCGAGAUAAUACCUACCUAUGUUAUUUUAAUUUAAAUAUUAUUAUUAUAAUAUUACGUUGUAUUACGUGCGCAUUUUUUUUUUUUAUUUAUCUUUGUUCACGGUUAGUUUGUUUUCUUUGUUAUUUUUUGCUGUUUUGCUGUUGCUAUCAUAUUAUUAUAUUAUUAAUUAUUAUUUAAUUACCCAUAUCAACGGCUUCUGUCAAAAGAUCUGGCAACGAAUAGUUUUGAUAAUAUUAUUAUAUAGGUCAUAAAAAUAUUAUAAUAUGUUGAUUACUUCGAUUUUUCUUUAGCCCGCGCUAAACGAUAAUUAUUAUCAAUUGGUAUUUUCCAAUUUUCCAUUAAUUUCUGCCUACACGCCGUUUUGUCUUCGUCGAAAAUUAGCCGAAGACGCUUGCGCCCCCAUAACGUUUUUAUAUCGAAAUUACGCCAGUUUUAAUAUAGGAUUGUAUGUACCACGCUGUGGUACGAGUAGGUAGACACGUCACUUUUCUGAUUGUUGACACGUUCAUAUUGCAAUUUUUAUAAUUCUAAUUCUCAUAAAAUGUCACAGUUUGUAUAAUAUGAUAAAGAAAAAAAUUUAAAUAUCUCUUUUUCUCGGGGCUAUCUAUUAAUAUUUUUAUGUUGAUUUAAUUAUUUUGUAUCAAAAUUGUUUAUCAAAAAAUGUACAUCAAAAUGAAUAAAAUAUGAUAACAAUUAGCAAGACUACUCCUAGUCCUUAAACACAUAUAUAUUAUGGAUAGCAAUUAGCAGGGGUGGCCAACAAAUCAAUCACGACUCUCUUUCGUCUUUUCUUGAAUAUUUUACAGAAAAAAAAAUAAUAAGUUAAAAGUAAUAAUUUGUAAUCAAAUGUAUUAAAAAAAGUAUUGUGUAAAACUAUGAAAAUAAACGUUAUUAUUACUUAAAAGGACGUCGCACCUGCUUAUGUUGUCUCCGUCUUACACACGUAAGACAUGGACAAAAUGUAUUUACGCAGUCUGAGUAGAACUCGUUCAAUUUUUGGUCCUUGAGUAAAUAUACCUAUUAUAAAAUUAAAAUAUGACAAUAUUUUGAAGGGCAAGACGAUGAGUUUUUUAAAAAAUUAAAAUUUAAAAAAGUUAAGGGUGAUUUAAAAUUUUUGAAAUUUUCGCUAAUUCUAAACGAUUAUAAUGAACGUUAUAUUGGGAAUAAUGGAAAAAACUCAGUCUUGCCUUCCAAAAUAUUAUUAUCUUUUAAUUUUAUAGUAGGUAUAUUUACUCUAGAACCAACAUUGAGCGAGUUCUACUUAGACUGCGUAAACGCGUUUUGUUUAUGUCGUACGUAGACGGAGACAACACAUGCAGGUGCGACGUCCUCUUUGUUCUAAAUAAAUGAAAUAAAAAAAAGUGUAAAACGCA